UUCCUUGUGUCCUCAUGUGUUAGAAAAUGAAAAAACAAAAACAUUAGUUUGAUUCUUGCUGCCAGCUUGGAUAUAUCUGCAGCCCAUUUUGUUGACAGGUAUUGUUUAUUAUUUUAUGUGACCAUAAAGCGACAGCCCAAGAGAAUGAUGCAGAUAAAAACAUUACCACUGCUUCAAGAUGCCAAAUUCAUUGUUAUUGAUGAAGGCGUGGAAGUCUUACGUGCAACAGAGCUUGUUGCAGGCUGGUUACAAAUGUGGAAAGACACAGGUUCAAAUCAUUCCACAGAUCUGCUACUCUUCUCCGAUCCCCAGUUUACAUUUGACACUUGGACAGAAGUAUUUGGAGAAAAAAACCUGAGAAUUCAUGAUUAUUAUACCCAAGAUCUUGAUAACAUCUACAAAUCAGAGAAUAUUAAUUUACGAGAGAUAACGAACAAAUUUAGUUCCAAUAAACAAUCGACAGUGAUAAUUAAUUGCUUGACUAGUCUAGUAUUAUCAGUCGGCCUGAGCGAAGCUGUUAGAUUUAUCGAAAAAUUGGGAAACCAAGUGUCACAGCUGAUCUGUAUAUAUCGAAGGGAUUACGGUCUACAAAGAAUUCCGAGCAUAGAGACUCUGGGGACCACCCACGUCAGACUCGAUAAAUCGAGUGCAACGAGUUCUGGUUGCGAUAUUAAUUAUGAAAUAUCUGUGACUCACCGGAAGCAGGGGGGAGGAUUUUUAAGACAUCGAGUAGUCAUUACUCAGGAUGUAUUGACGUAUGAAAUUAAAUCCGAGAGGAUCCCAGUUGUCCCAUCUCCGAAAAACCUUCCGACAUCUCCAACUGCUGUGUUAAAGCCACAGGCAACAUUCAGAUUGGAUAUGAACUCUCGUGAGCUGGAGCAGAAGAACGACACACCUCUGCCUUACAUUAUUAAGGAUAAAAAUCCAGUUAAUGAAUCUAAAAUUUUGUAUGUGCCUGACGAUAUUGAUGAUUUGGAUGAAGAAGAUCCUGAUGAUGAUCUACCAUUUUGAUUUGAGAAAAUGGAAAAUAAAAAAAAGCAUUCAA